UCGCCGACGAGCAGUGAAACAAACAUGGCGACAGAAUGGAGCGGGCAGCAAGGUUAUGUGCUCACUGUCAUCAUCUGCCUGUGGAGCGCGGUGGGCGGGCGGACGGAGACGGCGGUGGCGGGGGGCUCCGGCGGCAGGGGCGGCGGCCGCGGCGGGAGCCAGGUGCUCGGCAUGCGGCUGGAGAGGAGCGACAAGCCCGCCAGCACCAAUGACGACGGUGUCAUCCAGGUGACUGAGGAGAGCUCCAUGCAGCUCCGGUUCUACGGGGUGCAGCUCCACUCGGACGCCUGGAAGCAGGUGCGCUUCACGGAGGUCCCGGACGGAGGAGGAGGAGGUGUGGACGGAGAGGAGGACGGGGGGGAGGAGGAGGCGGUGGCGGCGGCGAGGAGCGGCGGCAGCGGCAUGAUGGACGCGCCGGACCGGACCUGUGCGGACUUCACGAAGGACAUCAUCGUCGGGACCUACAUGAACGUCAGCGGCCACGGCACCUCCGGGCUGAUCUCCUUCCAGAUCAAGCCGCUCCGCAAGAGCGAGCCGCAGAAGGAGUACGCGCUGUGCACCCGGAGGAGCGAGGCGGGGAGCAGCUGGCUCCUGCUGGGGGACAGCGACGGCAGGCUGCUGGUGCUGGAGGAGAAGAAGUCGCUGCUGCCCAUGUGGCUGCAGUGCAUCCUCAUCUCCUGCCUGCUGAUGCUCUCCGGCAUGUUCAGCGGCUUGAACCUGGGGCUGAUGGCGCUGGACCCCAUGGAGCUGCGCAUCGUCCAGAGCUGCGGCACCGAGAAGGAGAAGAACGACGCCCGGAAGAUCGAGCCCAUCCGCCGCAAAGGGAACUACCUGCUGUGCUCCCUCCUGCUGGGGAACGUCCUGGUCAACACCACCCUCACCAUCCUGCUGGACGGCCUCAUCGGAUCCGGUCUGGGCGCGGUGGUCGCCUCCACCGUCGGGAUCGUCAUCUUCGGGGAGAUCGUCCCCCAGGCGCUGUGCUCCCGCCACGGACUGGCCGUGGGCGCCAACACCAUCCUGCUGACCAAGUUCUUCAUGCUCCUCACCUUCCCGGUGUCCUUCCCCGUCAGCAAGCUGCUGGACGUGCUGCUGGGCCAGGAGAUCGGCACCGUGUACAACCGGGAGAAGCUGGUGGAGAUGCUGAAGGUGACGGAGCCCUACAACGACCUGGUCAAAGAGGAGAUGAACAUGAUCCAGGGCGCGCUGGAGCUCCGGAACAAGACCGUGGAGGACGUGAUGACGCCCAUCGGGAACUGCUACAUGAUCCAGGCGGACGCCGUGCUGGACUUCAACACCAUGUCGGAGAUCAUGGAGAGCGGAUACACCCGCAUCCCCGUGUACGACGACGAGAGGUCCAACAUCGUGGACAUCCUGUACGUGAAGGACCUGGCGUUCGUGGACCCGGACGACUGCACCACCCUGAAGACCAUCACCAAGUUCUACAACCACCCGGUGCACUUUGUGUUCCAUGACACCAGGCUGGACGCCAUGCUGGAGGAGUUCAAGAAAGGUAAAUCCCACUUAGCCAUCGUCCAGAAAGUGAACAACGAGGGGGAGGGAGACCCUUUCUACGAGGUGCUGGGAUUGGUCACUUUGGAGGACGUCAUCGAGGAGAUCAUCAAGUCAGAGAUCCUGGAUGAAUCCGACCUGUACACUGAUAACAGAAACAAGAAAAGGGUGGAUCCCAACAAAUGCAAACGUGACUUUUCCGCUUUCAAGCACGAUGCCGACAGUAAGGUGAAGAUCUCUCCCCAGCUCAUGUUGGCAGCUCAUCGUUUCCUGGCCACAGAGGUGAGCCUGUUCAGCCCGUUCCUGAUCACAGAAAAAGUCUUACUGAGGAUCCUCAGACACCCGGACGUCAUCCAGGAACUCAAGUUCAACGAAAAUGACAAACGCUCACCGCAGCACUUCCUGUACCAGAGGGGUAAACCUGUCGACUACUUCACACUCAUUCUGCAGGGGAGGGUCGAGGUGGAAGCUGGAACCGAAAACAUGAAGUUUGAAACUGGGCCGUUCUCCUAUUAUGGAGUCAUGGCUCUAAGUACACCAACAAUGGCUGUCACCCCUCCUCUCUCCCCAUCAGUGGCGUCCCCCCCUCCACGACGCCUCUCACUUAAGAGGUUUUCUCUGUUCUCUCGUUUCCCAGAGUUUCGAUCUCCAUCGCACGGGGGCAACCUCAACCGCUCAGCGUCACUGAGCUGCACUGAGCGCGCUCCAGAAAGUGGCUCCCCUAUCGGUGGGAGCAACACCCAGAUCCCAGGCACCCCCUUCCAGUACAUCCCAGACUUCUGUGUGCGUGCUCUCACUGACCUGCAGUUCGUCAAGAUCUCUCGUGCUCACUACCAGAAUGGUCUCCUGGCAUCCAGGCUGGACAGCACGCCGCAGUCUCCAGAGCGCAGUCACACUCGUCUUGACACGUCCAUCUCUUUGCUCCCCAUCACGCCACCGGGGACACGCACACCACUGCCACUGGCCACACCUCCUGUGAAGCGGCCACCCUCAACCAAGCAGCCGACACCACCGGGCAGCCGCGCCGGUCUGCCUCAGACCACCUCGUCCUCCUCUUCUAGCCGCAGGCCAAGCCAGGCUCUGCCCCAAGCCACUCCCCUUCAGAGCAACCACACCUCCCUCUCCCAAACCCACCUGUCCUCCGUUAGUACGGCACCGUUCACCCUCAACCCCCACCCUAAUCUGCCCUCCAAGCCCCAGCAGUCGCCGCCCUCUGCUGGAUCAGAGAACGGGCCGGGAGAGACCACCACUCUGCUCAGCGAGCAGCAGAACUGUGUGGGCCCCCGCAGGCCAAGCCAUACCCAGGCACACCCCCACCCACACGUUCACACCAUCAGUCACGCACAGACUGAAAGCACCAUCUAACUGAGCUCCCCUCGGGGAAACCAAACUACCUGUGCACUCACAUGACACACAUUGGCACUACUACUUGUUCCUGUUUGCUUGUUGUUGCCUGAACUUUUCUGUAGACGUCAGAGGGAAGCUGAGGAUCAUCAUGUGUAUUUUGUAAACAGAGAUCCUCCUUUAUCCCCUCUUGCAUGCCCCCCCCAAUCCCACCACUGAAAAAACAUCAAGAACAGAGAACAAAGAGGGCAGAGGAACAGGGAACACUAGUGAGUUAGAAAUGUACACAGAGCUGCGUGUGUGUGUGUGAGAGUGUGUGUGUGUUUCAAAAGAUCAGUUCACCCAAAUUGUGCAAUUUUUCAACGUUUUGAGAGCAGCACAGAAACAUUUCCGUUGCGCUUUAUUAUAGUUUGAGUGGAUGUCCCAAACCCUGAGCUCAUACAUCUGAAGCUGCAGUGAUUAAUCAUUAAUCAUUUUAUUAAUCACUGCAAUCUUCAAAUUUGAGAAUCUGAAGUAUUGCUGCUUUUCUCCUUGCAACAGAGAUGCUAAACAUUUACAUGAAGGCCAUUUCUAAAUAUUGUUCACAUUAUGCUAGACAUGUUCUAUUUCCAGUUUAGAUCAGUGUUACUCAAUGAUCUUCACUUUAUGUUACAUGUAUUAAGUCCAGCUCAUUUCUUCCUAUUUGUUUAAAAAAAUAACCAAACAAAUAUUUUAUAAUUCCAUUUCUGAUCACAGAGAACUUUAAUGCACUCUGUGUUUUCCAGCUGAAUCAGUUGCAGGGCAGAAAAACAUUUAUUUGGCUUCAUUAUUUAUGCUGAUUUUGUUUUCUGGUCAGUUAUCCACCAGUGCACCAGGGGGGGCUGCUCCCUCUACCUUACAUCAACACACAAUUGCAAACAUUUGAGGUUUCCAGCUUCUCAAAAGGAUUUUAAUAUCUUUGGGUUCUGAGCUCUCGGGAAAUUAUAAAAGGCAAAACACGUAAUUGAUUAUCCUUGUUUGCAGCCCCUCAGUUUGUAGAUCUCAAAGUGUUUUUCUGUUAUUGGUGUGAAGUGACCCUUUAAGUCAUCACCAGUAAGACACUAACAGAAAACGUACAUUCCCACAUGGUGUGUCCAGAUCAAGGCUGAUACCUCAACCUUGCUAUAUAAUUUACUGUUCAGAGAUGUUUGUCUUUAAAUUUCUUUUAAUUUUUCCAAAGAGUGAAACUUCCACAAAGCUGUGACGUUGACAGUGAAGGUUUUUUUUGUCAGCACGUGGGAUUUUUUUAUAGAUCGCCUGUUUGACUGAGUAUAUGUUCUGUGGAGUUGAGCCUGCGUUUCUUAGGCAGAGCCGUGACAGCCUGGUGAAAGACUAGUGCUGUGAGGGCGGGUGUGUUUUUCUGCCACACCUCCCAACUAUGGCAAUAUGUUUUAAAUUGUUUCAUUUCCAAGAGUGAUUUUAUUUAAGAUAUUUAUUUUUGCUGAAUAUUUAUUUAUAUGUAUUCAUACUAUAGUUUAGAUUUGAUUGAUUUAAUUGCCUUUUCUGGUUCGUGGAAACACGACUGCAGACUAAACAACGAACAUAGUGCACACAGAAUAUGACAAUAACUGCACAGACUCUUUAGUAUGAUCGUUAUCCACUAAACAUCUCCGCUAAAUAUUCCUCACUGUGAAUAGAGCCUGGUCCGACAGCAGCUCCUGCUCAGAGCUUCAGAGGUCAACAUGUGAAUGACUCACCAAACUGGGCGUCUGCUGCGUUACUGUGCAUUUCAUGUGUGUCACAACUCUUGGCUGUAAAUAUAAUGGAUCUCUGAGCACCAAAUUUGGGUUGAAGGAAAGGGGACACGUGACUUGAAGACCAAAUAACCCGUUAGUUUAAUGCCCACAGUUAUGAGUGGAAAGUAUGUUCACAGCACAGUUGGAUGGCUUCUCAGUUCAAUGCCAUCGGUCGUGCAAGUUUAAUGAAGACAUCUCUACAUUCUCUCUACACAAGACUUCUUUAUUGUGAUGUCAGAUAACUAACUGUUACCAAAACCCCCCGACACUAAUUUUCUCAGAUUCUCUGGACUGUUUGAAUCCUAAGGAAGGCUGUAGCUGCAAGUCAAACAUUUUGUUUACUAGUUUUUCGUUUGUUCGGGUAUGGUUUCUAAUAGUUUUACAUUAUGGAUAAAUUGUUUUUUCAAGAAAUAAUAAUUUUGAAAAGAACAGUUUUUGCUUUUUUUGUUGAGAGCUAAAUGAGAAAAUGUGUGUUACUCACACAUCUGUACGAUGUUCCAUGAGCUUUAGAGGCAUAGAGACUAGAAACAGUAGGAAACAGCCUGCUUCCAUCACAAAGGUCAGGAUAACUCCUACAGAACAUCGUAGGCUCAAUAUUCCACAUGUUGUAAAGGUGCUCAAUAUUUAUGCUGUUGCUACAUAGAUGUUAACAUUAACAGAUGUUACGACCUUAAUUAGCAGAAAUUGUGAUUUAAGCAUCAAAUUUCAUUAUUUCUCGUGCCAAGAGCAGCCUCCUACUUCUAUCACUUAUUAGCUUUUACGGAAGUUAGCAUGUUAACCAGCAUCAGAGAAGACUAACAAAUAGCACAAUUGAAUAUUUCAAAAAUCCCAAUGUUUUGGUUUUAUGGACAGUGAUGUGAUGGAAAUAUUUCUUCUUCCAAAAAUAACCUGUUGAUGUGAAUGUGUAAGUAAGCAUUCAAAUAGGUUUUCUUUUAGAAAGUCAGAACAGCAUAUAGUUCACCAUAACUACCUAUUUCCUUGUCUGAACUCACUGAAUGCUAGUGGAUAAAAUGGGUGUAAAAUAUUUACUAAUAUUCAAAACUUUCCAGACAAAAUCAAAUCCUAGAUGUGUAGAAUAAUACUCUUAGUUAGCUUAGCAUAGAGCAGGAUAACUGGCUUGUUGUCAGAAGGUUCAAACCCCCAUAAAAUGAAUGUCUAAAACUCAUUCAUAAGAAAAUUAUAUCUUUAUAACUUGUGAACAAAACGACAUGUUGUGGUUUCACUGGUGGGUUAUGGGCCCCUGUACUUUGGCGGCAGUGAUUUCGUGAAGAAAAGGUACACAACUUGUUUUUACACUACGGAUUAAACACAAAAAUAUAAAUCAGUCAGCUUUGUGAAGGCUUUUGAAAAGCCAUGUGGCUCCAUGGACAGAUAUGAGAGUGGCAUCGAUCAUCUCAACUAACUCUCAACAAGAAAGCAGGGAUGCACAUGUGUUUAUUCACCUUGAGCGACGUCCAAGGUUAAGGGUUGAGUCUUGAGAACACUCACAGCACAAGAACUGUGUUUGCAUCAUUACAUUCCAAACGAGGGAUUAUUUCACAUACUUGGCACAUAACACAUUGUGAAUAUUUUUUAAUUUGUGUGUAAAUGAUAUUGCACCUACUCAACCUGUGUUUGGAGGAUGUUUGGUUGUGUUCCAGUGGACUGAUGAUGCAGACAUGAAGAGAUUAACGCGAGGACGACUGAAGCCCUUCACUCUCUUGUGCGGGUGAAGGGUUGAGUUGAGAUAUUUAAGCUGCUAGCAUGUAAUCUACGUAUAUUUUUCCUAUGAAUGCAGUGACACUGAAACAACAAUUUAAGCGACUGUAAAGAUAAACUAUUUUGUUGAUGAUGUAGUUGAGGAUAUUUAUUUGAAAAGAUACAAAGGGACAAACCUGAUGUAUAAGCUAGCACUGAUUUGAAAACACUUUAAACUUGUUGGUUAUGUAGCAUAAGUCUGAAAAAAAAGAAGAGAAUAUUCCAAAGCAUUUCUUUUUUUUCUUUCUGAGGGAUGGUUUGUGGAGUGAGAUGGUUAAGGCCGGAUUACCAACUGGGUAAAAUCAGGCUGUUAUAUUUCUAAUUAUAUAUUAGAGUAAAGAUUGUGUAUAUGCAACAUUGAACCCCCAUAUAACAAAGGGCACAAAGGUUUAUUUUCUUAGUGUUAGAUUUUAUCUCAAAAAGGAUCUCACUGUGCCCACAUGUUACAUAUUGUUAAACUGAUUAGAGCUUUUUGGAGCAAACCUGGAACUAGGCUGUGGUCCAGCAUACCACAUAAUUCCACAUACAGUAGAUAGGAAUGGGGGGAAAUGGGGGAAAUGAUGGAGGCCCAGCAGCUCAUUUGUACCCCGGGGCCCCCCUCCCCAGGUGAAUCCGGCCAUGGAGAAGAUUGUGUACACCAUAGAUCUUAUUGCAAAUACACAGUCGAAAUAGCCUUACCGUGUAUUUCUGGAAAAUAUAGACCUGCCUGCUGGUUCAUAUAGGUCUUGUGUAGCAAUUGGUCCUGUGCUGGUUUCCAGUGAAGCCACUGGUUGGCUGUGGGAAAUGUGAAAUCAGUUCUUAGUAAUUUAUUGUUAGCGUUUUAUUUAUUGUUUUCUUUCUUUGUGUUAGAGAUGCACACCUGAGGGCGUGGUUCUGUGAAACGGGCUUCCAGCUGUUCCUCACAGCUUUUAUUGGGUCACUUUACCCUGAAACACUGUGUUCAGUUCUCUGAUUGCUCUUUGUGUUAUAUUUCUGUAAAUACUCUGUACAUGGGCAUUUGUAUGAUGCUGAGAGAGAUGUUGAAAAUAGCUCUAUUUAUAAUAAGAGGUGAUGUUAUUUUAAGUUGUAUUCCUGUUUUACUGGGAAGGCAUUACAUAGCAAUAAACAUUGCACAGAGUUGACCUCAAAUAAUUUACUCCUCCAUCUAUCUUCUGUAGCUUGCUUCUAUUUUACUUUUCAUUAGACACGACAACCAAAGCUUCUUUUGUAACCAAAAUCUUUGCUCCUCUCCUCCCCCCCUUUCCUGUCAUCCUCCCAUUAAUCCUUUUAUCACAAGUCACUCCUUUUCCUCCUCUACUUUUUCGCCCUGCACUGCUGUUGACUUCAUUCCCGCUGUUCAGAAGUAUUGAAAUUCCUCCAGGUUGGACUACGGGUCCAAUCUGUUAAGCUGUUUUCAUUGUAAUGGGGGCUGGAGCUGGGG